UUCCAGGAGAUGAUAAGAGAGCGGCAAGCAUCCUAGCUAUUGGAAGUCAGGACGACUAGCUUUCCUCUUUUGACGAUACUUUAGGUUCAGCUAUGGCGAAAACAGUGGACACUGUCGCGGUCGACUCGGGCGAGAAACUACCCAUCGGUGUUGAGGAUCAAGACUUCGAUUUUGAAAGCUCCCAGUUGAAUGAUAAAGCCAUCGUGACUGGUGGACAAGAUGUUUCCCGGUUUGUCGUCGAUGUACGAGAUGACGGUGACUCCCCUCUUACUUUUCGAUCACUGUUCUUGGGCACGGUCAUCGCCGGAUUGGGUGCUGCUCUCUGUCAGAUCUACAACUUCAAACCUGUUCAAAUGUCUGUAUCAACAGUAUUUCUGCUUUUGGUUCUCUAUAGCAUCGGGGUAGCUUGGGCCACUUUUCUACCCAAGCGCUCGUGGGUGGAAGGUACCAGACUACAGAAGUUGGCGUCAGUGAUCGAAUUUAUUAAUCCCGGUCCAUUUGGUCUGAAAGAGCAUGUCGUUGCUACGUUAAUAGCUUCUACUGCGGCUAACGGUAGUACGGCUGUAAACAACUUCGCUGUCCAGCGGUUGUUCUACGACACAAACGUACAAGCGUUAACCGCCAUUCUGGCAACCUUUUCAACAGCUUGUUUCGGCAUGGGGCUUGUCGGCGUAUUGCGGCCGCUUACGGUGUAUCCUUCUGAGAUGGUAUAUUGGCAAAAUCUGCCAACCGUCUCCGUGUUCCAGGCCCUACAUUUUGACAUUCACGCCAACACCAAGAGAAUCAAACUUUUUUGGACAACUUUCACCGGGAUGUUUAUCUACGAAGUCAUUCCGUCCUAUGUGUUUCCGCUCCUUAACGGUUUCAGUAUCUUCUGUCUUGCAUCUCAAAGGGCAUCAGCUGCGACCGUCAAUGUUUUCACUAAUAUUUUCGGUGGCGCCAGUAGUAAUGAAGGCCUUGGAUUGCUUAAUGUUUCGCUCGACUGGCAGUAUAUUGGAUCAAUGUAUAUGUGUUUACCGCUUAUUCAACAAGUGAAUUCCUGGAUUGGGUACAUCAUCUGCUAUAUCGUCAUCGCAGCAAUAUAUUAUUCGAACGCUUGGAAUUCAAAAUCAUUUCCAAUGCUGUCGACCGCCAUCUUCUCAUCAAAUGGGACCGAGUACCGGCAGUCUGCCGUCUUUGGUUCUGAAUGGACGCUCAAUCAAACCGCGCUCGAUGAAGUCGGCCUUCCGGCUUUGACUGGUUCAAAUGCAUGGACCAAUCUGACUGCCAAUCUUAGGAUUGGCGGUCUUAUUGCUCACGUUAUUCUUUUCUGGGGACCAUACGCUCAAGACGCCGUCAAGCAAUCGCGCAACAAGACACAACCCGAUGCACAUUUCCAGGAGAUGCAGAAGUACGCGGAAGCACCUUGGUGGUGGUACGCCAUACUCUUAUUACUUUCAUUCUUUGCAGGUUUGAUUAUAGUACUCAAGGGACAAACGUCUCUACCAUGGUGGUCGUACAUCGUAGCGCUAAUUCUAGGCGGAUUUAUCACGCCAUUCUCUACUCUUCUCUAUGGACGCAUGGGAACGGGUGUGGCCACGAACCAACUCAUGAAGAUGGUUCCUGGCGUCCUUAACCCAGGAAAACCGGUGGCGAAUCUCUAUUUUUCGAUGUGGAGUCACGAUGUCGUGGCGACAUCCAUCAACUUAGCAGGUGAUUUGAAAAUUGGCCAAUAUACCAAAGUUCUUCCCCGCGUCAUGUUCCUCACCCAGGUUUGGGGAACUCUUCUGGGUGCAAUCGUCAACUAUGUGGUUAUGAUUUCCGUUGUCGACAAACAACGUGAGGUUUUGAUGGAUUCGUCAGGCACGGCGGUAUGGAGCGGCAAGACUAUACAGAGUUUGAACAGCGCCGCGGUGACAUGGUCUCUUGCUAAACAAUUAUAUGGCCGCGAUGGUCCGUACUUUAUUGUGCCUUUGGGUUUGUUAAUCGGGAUGGUCCCGACUUUUUUCCAAUGGCUUAUAUGGAAGCGCUGGCCCACCAUUGGGCCGGUUAGGGUUGACAGCAUCAUUCUACCCAUUAUAUAUUAUUACUCCUCAAAGAUGAGCAACGGUCAGACAUCGAUGAUCACUUCCUGCAACAUCGUCGGCCUUGUCUCCCAGCUCUGGUUAAGGAGAUAUCACCCUGUUUGGUAUCGAAAGUAUAACUACAUUUUGGGUGGCGCUUUGGAUGGUGGAGCGCAAGUGAUGAUUUUUAUUUUGUCUUUCGCGGUUUUUGGCGCCUCAAAUGUGGAGAAACCCUUUCCUGCGUGGGCAGGAAACCCGGCCAAUGGAAACGCUGAUUACUGCAACGGAAAUGGAGCCUUAGAUUGACUCGUAGCGCCCGAGUCUGCUCAUCAGACUAGAAAGAAUAUCAUCUUCAAGAUACACACUAAUGUUCACAUGCUGACAGUACCAU